CUGGGCUCUGAUUGGUUGCUCUUCUUGGUCAAUGCACCACACCUAUAUUGACACCUCUAGAGCUGUAAAUACCUGCUGAAAAUAAAAUGUAGCCAAAUUAUUCACAUUUUCUUUGUUUUUAAAUGAUAAAAAAAAAAUGGCAGCAGUGGUUUCUUUCUUUCUUUGGAGCUGCUGAUGUUGCCACCAUCAGGCCACUUUACUCCAGCUGCUGCAUCCUUUCACACCUCUGCCCAUGCAUCAUAUUUUCUCUCAUUUCCAAUUGGCUGCAAAAAAAAAAAAUCCUCGCAGUCUCUCUCUCAAUAAAUACUGAGAAUCUCUGAGUAUUAUCCGCAUCCAACAAGCUUAUACCCGGGAGGAAACUAACCAAAGCUGCUUUAUUUAACCACUCUGCUCUGCAAAAAGACCCUUUAAAAAAACAACAGCUGCUGAAGUUGAUGAUCUGGACGAAGUGAGAGACCAAAACGGAGACGAGAGAGGAUUAAAAACCCUAUUUUCUGCACCCUGUUUUUUUUUCUCUCGUAUUUCUUCUCAUCCGGCCGCCAGCAUGAUGUCCUAUUUGAAGCAGCCGCCGUACACAGUGAACGGACUGAGUUUAUCCUCAGGAGUGGACCUGCUGCAUCCUUCAGUGGGAUACCAAGGAGCCCCUCGCAAACAGAGGAGAGAGAGGACGACCUUCACUCGGGCUCAGCUCGACCUGCUGGAGAAUCUGUUCAACAAGACUCGUUAUCCUGACAUCUUCAUGAGAGAGGAGAUGGCCUUAAAGAUCAACCUGCCAGAAUCACGAGUGCAGGUCUGGUUCAAAAACCGACGAGCCAAACAUCGCCAACAGGCCCAGCAAACCCAAAGUGGAGUCCAGAACAAGACAGUCAGCAAGCCGGUGAAGAAGAAGAGCUCUCCGAUCCGAGAGGCCAUCAGCUCAGAGAGCGGAGCCAGCGGACAGUUCACGCCGCCCUCCAGCACCUCCCUCCCGGCUGUGAGCAGCAGCGGCAGCGCGGUGGCAGCAGCAGCAGCUCCGGUGUCUAUCUGGAGCCCGGCCUCCAUCUCUCCUCUCUCAGACCCGCUGUCCACCUCCUCCUCCUGCAUGCAGCGCUCCUAUCCCAUGACCUACAGCCAGGCGUCGGGCUACAACCACCAGGGCUACUCGGGCUCCUCGUCCUACUUCACCGGGAUGGAGUGCGGCUCCUACCUUUCGCCCAUGCACCACCAGCUGUCCACCGCGGCCGGCUCCAACAUGAGCCCCAUGGGCAGCAGCGCGUCGUCGGCGUACGGAGCUGCAGGGCUCGGCUUCAGCAGCUCCGCAGCAGCAGACUGCCUGGACUAUAAGGAGCAAACUGCAUCCUCCUGGAAGCUCAAUUUCAAUGCAGACUGUUUGGAUUACAAAGACCAAGCAGCGUGGAAGUUUCAAGUGUUGUGAGAAGAAGAAGGAGAAAGCUGCAGACUUUUAUGCGCAAACUAAAAAAGGUUGGGAGCAGAAAGUGUUAAAGGGACUGUUUGUAACUUUCAGAAAUGCUUGUUAACAGCGACACCUGUGGCCGUUAAGUGUACGACAGUCAGCGUCAGGCUGGCGCUUGUGCUCGCUCU